AUCUAGGUAAACGAGGAGUUUAGACAGUGUGAUCUAGGAUAACAAGGAUUUUAAUGUGUUUCCAUUUGGAAGAUAUGUUACAAUGAACUACUUUGGAACGUUAUAUGUGGAUAACAACCAUCAGCAAGGCCUACAGGAAUCACUGGAUUCAAUAUUGAUAUACAUAGCAAAUACAGUUAGACGUGAAAGCCUGACCCGGGUUAGAUAUCUACCAAAGUAGUAUCUUUAGACUUGGAAUACUUUGAGUUUUUCUGUCGUUCUCGUCAGCGGUCAUUUGUCAUCUCUACAGACACAGACAAUCGGGCACGUGAAUCGAUCUCACUUCGAUUACUUCGGGUAUAAAGGUCGGCGAAUCAAAUAAGGCGUGUUAUGAUAACCUCGAACCUAUCAUUCUCCUGCUCUGUGUUGUGUAUGUUACAGUUAAGUCCAAAUUGAUUCCCGUGGCACUAUUUGUCCCUUAAAUACACAAAUGAAGUGACAUCUUCUAACUGCUUUCCUUUUUGUGCAUAUUUAAGUACAGCUUUACACUGUAGUAAGUAUUCUGGAUUUUUUGUGAAAAUGGGAUGCAGUCAAUCUGGUAAUGUCAAGAUGCAGCGUUCAUCCCAGCAACUGGACACCUAUCUAACGUCAGAGCAGGUGCGUCUGGUGAAACAGAGUUGGAUGAUCCUGGGAGAGGACAUGGCCGCUACUGGACUAUUGGUAUUCAAAAAGUUAUUUGAGAGUAACGAGGGUCUAAAGAAAUUGUUCUACAAGUUAAUGAAAUCUGACAAUCCGGAGGACAAGAUGGAAUUCGACCAGGAAAAGCUGACACGCCACGCUACUAUCGUGAUGCAAGGACUGGGUGCUGCAGUGGAAAGUUUGGAGGAUUCAGUCUUUCUCACAAACGUACUGAUCGCCAUGGGAGAACGUCACGCCACCUACAACGUCAAGACCGACAUGGUUCCGCACCUCUGGCCGGCCAUUCGGGACUCUUUUAGGGAGUUGAUGGGAGAAGACUUUUCACCUGCUGUUGAAAGUGCAUGGCUACAUGUGUUUGAAUACAUAGGCAGUAAAUUCAAAAUGGGAAUUAUAUCAGGCAAAAAGUAAGAGUCGAUCAAUUGGCCAUCAAUCGCUAUUGUUACGACGAUUUCUUACGUAAUCAAAUAUUUGAAGAACAAAUAUUACUUAUUCAAAGGGGAAGUAACCUCGGACAGAAAUGUUGCUGUUGUUAAGAUAAAUGGUUAUAUUUGUGUAAGGCCCUGAUAGAGAGAGAAUACCAGCUUUAUCAGAACCAGUGCUGCAACUCAUUGCCGAGACCACUGUGCUGUUGGAGAAGCGUUGUUACGAUUAUUUGUGUUAUAUAUAUAUAUAUAUCUAAAUGAAAGUGAAGUUAUUCCUUUGAAAGUGUUUUAUUGUGUGUGUGCCACACCCUUGAUUUCAGAUCGUAUAUAUUAUACAUUAUAAAUAAAACCAAGACUUAAUAAUUAAUCUACUUGGAUUUAAACUAUACUUUCCCUGACAAAGACAUUUACUGGUGACACGAAAUAUAUCAUUAUUGACUUGUUAUUGCAGACUGUAUAUAUAAUGAAGUAUCUGUUAAUACAACCACGGAUAUCUAAGCAUACACCAGUACAAUGCAAUGUCUGCUCUAAACUCUAAAUAGUAUGAUAAGUACUAAAUGCAAAACUAAAUAUUUGAUCCUUUCAAGUUAAAUGGAACUGUCGGAAAUUGUAAAAAAAAAAACAAAAAAAA